CCAGUGUCUCGAAGACAGCAAUUCUUGUACAUACCGUUAGCCACGCGUGGUUUUUUUCACUAUCAGUUAUUCGAUUCGCUUUUUCUUUUAACAUUUUUUUUUUAAUCAAACAUUGCAAUAAGAUUGUUAUUUAAAUUACUUAUCAUAAAAUAAUUCUUAAAAUAUAAACAUCAGUGAUGUUUGCCUGUGUAAUUUUUUUAAGAAAAAAAUAAUUGAUACAAGAAGAAUAAAUAAAUAAUUAUUUUGCGAAUAUGGAUUUACCAAGAAAACUAUCUAGACAAGGCAAAAUUGAUGAUUUACAAGAGGAUAAUAAAGGAUCGACGGAUGAAGCUAAAGAAAAUAAUGCUAAUGACCACGUUAGCUCAACCGCCUUGAAACAACACGAACGUCCAGUUGUUGACGCGAUUCCUAACAUUAACAGCGUUUUAAAAAACGGUGUCCAUCAUGAAAAGAAUAUAGAGAAAAAUCAUUUUACGCAAUCGAUGUCAAUCAUGGAGUACGAAAAUUUAUUAGAAAAAGAACAUAUCUCACAAAUUCGUUUAUGUUCGGCUAUUAUAUACACAAAUGUUAAAUACACUAAGGAAUCUUUUGGGCGGUUAUUUUUAUCUAAGGAACUUUUAGAACAUCUUUUCAAACUUUUUGAUCAAAAUAGAGACCAAAAAUUGAUACAAGAAGAAUGGAUCGAGUUUCUAAAGGCUAGAUUGACAAAAGAAAUAGAUUUCGUCGAACAAAUAGAAAGUGUGGCUUACUGUAUUUGUAGAGAUGCCCCGAUUGGUUUAGAACAGUUUUACACAAUUUUUAACGCUAAAGGAAUUGUUGAUAAAAUAUAUAAAAUAAUUGAUAAAGAUAACGUCGGUUGGAUUUCUUCUGAGCAAAUCAUGGAUUUCUUGGCGAGCGUAACCAAUUCAAGACCAAGAACCGGUUUUGAUAAAGGUAGCCUGGAACAGUUAGAAAAGGUUUUCAAGGAUACCGUGGGCGAUGAAAAAGAAAUCAGAAGGGAGGAUUUCAAAAAAAUCGUCACCUCAAAAAACCCAUUCUUUACUGAAAGAGUUUUUCAGAUUUUCGAUCGAGAUAAUUCCGGUUCAAUAUCUCUACAAGAAUUUUUAGAUGCCGUGCAUCAAUUUGCCGGGAAAUCUCCGGAAGAUAAAAUAAAAUUUUUAUUUAAAGUUUACGAUUUAGAUGGAGACGGGCUCAUUCAACAUAAAGAGUUGCACCACGUCAUGAAAGCUUGUAUGGAAGAAAACGGGAUGCAAUUUAGCGAGGAACAAAUUGAUGAUUUAACUUGUGCUAUGUUUGAAGAUGCGGAUCCUCAUGGGAGAGGAGCGAUUACUUAUGAAAAUUUAAAAAAUCAAUUGGAAAAACACGAUGGAUUAUUAGAAAAUCUAUCAAUAAGUAUAGAUAGAUGGUUGGUACCACCAAAACCAAAACCACCAGCAACUUUAUCGGAAAGAUGUCGAAAUUGCGUACCUUACCAAUUGACGAAACCUUACUUUAAAAAUAACUACGUUUAUAUUAUAUUUUUAGGUUGUUAUAUAUUUAUUAACGUAUCUUUGUUUAUAAGUAGGGUAGUUGAGUAUAGUUUAAUGAACGCUCACAUUUGUAUUAUUAUUGCAAGAGCUUGCGGACAAUGUUUAAAUUUUAAUUGUAUGUUUGUUCUCGUACUUAUGUUAAGACAUUGCAUAACUUUCUUGAGGACAAGAGGUUUUGGUGAAAUUUUACCUUUAGACAAUCACAUUUACUUUCACAAAUUAACUGGGACCUUAAUUUUUGUUUAUAGCGUAAUUCAUACUGUAAUGCAUUUUUGGUUCUUACCAACCGGAGUUGAAAUUACAAAUGAAUUAUUAAUCAAAAGUAAUUGUAACCAUACAGAGUAUGAUACAAUUGAUAAUUGUGUACGUAAUUAUACGAUGGGAAGUUUUUUUAUAAGUAAAUUUGGAUUGGUCGAUGGAUGUGCUUACGUAACCGGAGUUAUUUUGAUGUUAAUUUUGUGUGUUAUGUUUAUUUGUUCGCAACCCUUCGUUAGAAAACGAGGAUCGUUUGAAGUUUUUUACUGGACCCACAUUUUAUAUAUCCCGUUUUGGAUUUUAUUAAUUUUACAUUGUCCAAAUUUCUGGAAGUGGUUUAUCAUCCCCGGAAUUUUAUAUCUCAUCGAAAGAGCAUAUCGGUUCCAAAUCAUGAAAAGCGAAAGGGGGAAAACUUAUAUUAGUUCGGGAAUAGUCUUAGCAUCUCAAGUCAUCCAUUUAGUUAUCAAAAGACCUUUACAUUUCGAUUAUCAUCCGGGCGAUUUCGUUUUUGUUAAUAUUCCCACUAUUGCUAAAUACGAAUGGCAUCCUUUCACAAUCAGUAGUGCACCGGAACAAGAAGAUUAUAUUUGGUUACACAUAAGAGUUUUGGGUCAAUGGACGUCAAAGCUGUAUCAAUAUUUUCAAAAAGAACAAGAUAAACUUCAUAACGGUGAGAUGAUUAUAACGGAAGAGAAAAAACCAUGCCUAAGUAGAGUCGAAAAAGAACAUCAAAGUCCGAUUAAAAAGAUUCAAGCAACGAUUUCGAGAACAUUUUCAAAUAAAGAACCAAAUAGACCGGUUCAAUUGGUUGGAUUUAGUCACGAUGGGUUCCAAUUAGAUCCGAAAAAGAAAAACUCAAUCUCGGAAAGUGACCUACACUCAAAAGCAUCUUGCAGUAAAGCCGAUUUAAAUUAUUCUUCAUCGAAAAUAAGUCCGGAUCAAAAAUUUUCUAGAAUCUUCGGAAAUAAAGUUUUAGAAAAAUCUCUUUCGAUGCCUGAUAUGCAAACAAAGGCUAAGAAAAAGGAACGACUUUUAUUCUUAAAAGAAUACAUGCGUUCUGAAUCGGAAAAAAGCUUUGAUGAAUGUCAAAUGAAAAAAGCUCGAUUAAGAACGUUAGGUUUGGCUUACACGACCUUGCAAAAUAAAUCGUUGGCUCAAAGUUUCCGUUAUAUGCGUAACAAACCGACGAUAAUCGCUUUUAAAACUCCGAGUUUGGAACAUUGUGAAGAAAGGGAUUCUUCAUCCUCAUUGAUAAUUUCGAAAUGUCCUGAAAAAACUAUGGAAGAAGGAAAAAGUCAUGGAAACGAACAGGGUUGUUUAAAACCAAUUGAUUACCCUAUUGGAAAACCACUUGAGCCAAUUAGUGAAAGACCAAGUCCAAAUGAGAGCAGCGAAGACCUCUUGUGUUUGGAGUUCAUCAAAAAUGAAUUACCGUUGGGAAACGGAACAGAGAUUUUAUUAGAUGGUCCAUACGGAGCUCCAUCCAGUCAUAUAUUCAGAGCUCAACACGCUGUGCUUAUAGCAACUGGCAUCGGAGUUACACCAUCAGCUUCGAUUUUAAGAUCAAUUAUGAUUCGAUAUUUAAAAGCGAGACACAAAUGUCCUAAAUGCGAAUAUUGUUGGUCUAGUGAGAUACCACAAAGUGUUAUGAAUCUUAAGAAAGUAGAUUUCUUUUGGAUUAAUAGAACACAAAAAGCUUUCGAGUGGUUCGUAAAUUUAUUAUCCGAACUUGAAAUUGGACAAGCCGAACUUGGCGAAGCUAUGGAAAGAUUUUUGGAAAUGCAUAUGUACAUUACGAGUGCUUUGCAGAAAAAUGAUAUGAAAGCCGUUGGGUUGCAGUUAGCUUUAGAUCUUUUACACGAAAAAGAAAAACGUGAUUUAAUAACAGGUUUGAAAACGAGAACGAACGCUGGUCGUCCGAAUUGGGAUAAAAUCUUCAACCAACUUUCAACCCAAAAAAAGGGGAAAGUAACAGUAUUUUAUUGUGGAAAACCAAAUUUAGCGAGAAUUUUAAGGAUGAAGUGUGAUGAGUACGGUUUUAAUUUUAGAAAAGAGGUAUUUUAACUUAAUAUUAUAAAAAAGUAAUAAGCAUUGUACAUUUGCAUUUUUGCUUCGUAGUUUUUUGUAUUUAUUGUAAAUAUUUUUCGGUCGAUGUGGGUUUCGCUCGCUUUUUGUAAAUUUAAUCUUUUGUAAAAUAAUUUCUCAAAAAAUAAAAAAAAACAAUAUAUUA